AUGGGGGGCCUAACCUGGCUGGGCUACCUUGGUGGUGGGUUCCCGCACAACUGGGCUGAAAGUAGCGACAGCCCACUCAGCUCCACCGGACUGGAUGGUCCACGACGCGGCAGAAUCAUUUCGUUCGUUCACUCGGUAACUCGUCGUAACGGACGAACGCCGUGCCGUCGUCCUCUCUCCCCACUUUCACUUCGAGUACACUCCACGCCUUCUCUCUCCGUCCACCCCUCUUUACUCCACCGUCCGUCCCCACGGCGUACGUCGUCAGUCGUCACAGCUCAGCCCACGGACGAGCAGCCAGAUGUGCAGGGGUUAGCCGUGCUCCUGUCAAGUGAAAGAUAUGCAACUAAUAGUCCUAUCGAGUACAGCGAUGUUGCUGCUUAUCGUCUAUCAUUAGGGGAAGAUACAAAAGCAAUCAACCAGCUGAAUACUCUGAUUCAAGAGGGAAAGGAAAUGGCUUCUUUGCUGUACACAUACCGUAGCUGUGUUAAGGCGCUACCUCAGCUGCCAGAUUCAAUGAAGCAUAGCCAGGCAGAUUUGUACCUAGAAACAUAUCAAGUUCUUGACUUGGAAAUGAGUCGUUUACGUGAAAUUCAGAGGUGGCAAGCAUCUGCUGCUUCAAAGCUGGCAGCUGAUAUGCAGAGGUUUUCUAGGCCCGAGAGACUGGUCAAUGGACCCACAGUCACUCAUUUUUGGUCUAUGCUGAAAUUGCUUGAUGUCCUACUACAGCUUGAUCAUCUUAAGAAUGCAAAAGCAAGUAUACCUAAUGAUUUUUCAUGGUACAAGAGAACAUUUACUCAAGUAAGCACCCAGUGGCAGGACACUGACACUAUGAGAGAAGAGCUGGAUGAUCUUCAGAUUUUUCUGAGCACCAGAUGGGCCAUCUUGUUAAAUUUGCAUGCUGAGAUGUUUCGGACAAAUACUGUUGAGGACAUUCUACAGGUCCUUAUAGUAUUCUGUGUGGAGUCAUUGGAAUUAGACUUUGCUCUUCUUUUCCCUGAGCGUCACACCCUACUUCGUGUUCUCCCAGUUUUGGUUGUUCUAGCAACCUCAUCGGAGAAAGAGAGCGAGUCACUCUAUAAGAGAGUCAAGAUAAACCGUCUUCUCAAUAUUUUCAAGAAUGAUCCAGUUAUUCCGGCAUUUCCAGAUCUGCAUUUAUCCCCUGCUGCAAUGUUGAAGGAAUUGUCAUCAUAUUUUCAAAAUUUCUCCAGUCAAAUUCGUCUUCUUACUCUUCCAGCUCCCCAUGAAAUUCCUCCUCGUGAGCUACAAGAUUAUCAGAGGCAUUACCUGAUUCUGAACCACAUGGGAACUAUAAGAGCUGAGCAUGAUGACUUCUCUAUACGUUUUGCCUCUGCAAUGAACCAGAUGAUAACAUUGAAGUCAUCAGAUGGUGCAGACAAUGACUGGUCUAGGGAUAUUAAGGGGAACAUGUAUGAUACUGUUGUGGAAGGCUUCCAGCUUCUUAGUCGAUGGACUGGCAGGAUCUGGGAACAGUGUGCUUGGAAAUUUUCACGCCCUUGCAAAGAGCCACCUAUUUCAGAUUCUCAACAAGACUCAGCGACAUUUUUUGACUACGAAAAGGUAGUACGUUGGAACUAUACUGCAGAAGAAAGAAGGGCCCUGCUUGAAUUAAUCGGUUAUAUAAAGAGUAUUGGAUUGAUGAUGCAACAUUGUGACACCUUGGUGUCUGAAGCUUUGUGGGAAACAAUACAUAUGGAGGUCCAGGAUUUUGUACAGGAUAAACUAGAUACAAUGCUUCGUACAACAUUUCGGAAGAAGAAGGACCUUUCUCGGAUUCUCUCUGAUAUGCGAACCCUCUCCGCAGAUUGGAUGGCCAACACCAGCAAGGCAGACCCAGAGCAGCAUUCGCUACACCAAGAAACUGAGGAAAUGAGGCAAAGCACAUUUUACCCGAGACCAGUUGCACCAACAGCUGCACAGGUUUUACAAGCGUUUUAAACGUAAAAAGCAAUU